AUGUCUGAGUGCAAACCACUUGCUACACCUGCUGCAGUAACUCACGCUGUUUCCCCGUCUCAGGAACCGUGUGACAAUCCGACACAAUAUCGCCGCAUAGUAGGGGCGCUUCAGUACUUAACCAUAACGAGGCCUGAUUUGUCUUUUGCUAUGAAUCGGUUAUGUCAAUUCAUGCAUUCUCCAACUGCUGAUCAUUGGGGCCUUGCGAAACGGGUCCUACGGUACAUCAAGGGGACUCUCAAUCACGGCCUACGACUCGCGCCUUCUCCCUCGACCACUAUUCAUGCCUUUUCAGAUUCCGAUUGGGCUGGUUGCCCGGUAGACAAAAAGAGUACUAGUGGAUACGCUGUCUUUCUCGGGACUAAUCUAGUCUCUUGGUUAUCCAGGAAACAGUGCACUGUUGCUCGCUCCUCCACGGAGGCUGAGUACAAAGCUCUCACUGACGUCUCUGCUGAGGUCACAUGGGUUGUGUCGCUGCUGCGUGAGCUAGGUCUACAUAACGGGGAACCGUCUACUCUGUGGUGUGAUAAUCUUGGCGCUACCUACCUUUGUGCUAACCCGGUUUUCCACGCCAGGACUAAACAUGUAGAAAUUGACUACCACUUUGUUCGUGACAAGGUGGCAUCCGGAGACAUGACAGUCAAUUUCGUUUCAACCAAGGACCAACUAGCGGAUAUCUUCACCAAACCGUUGCCUGGCCCGCGUUUUGCUGCUUUACGAGACAAGCUCAAUGUGGUUGUGCACCCUCCUUGA